GGACUGCUAAAUGAAAGGGGGCACAGUGCGGAUUUAGAAGUACGGAUUACGGCUGUUCUAAUGGCUUCACUGCUAUGCGAAAUAAGAAAAUGAAAGAGGAUUUAUGGCAUACAUCAAGAGCCUGAGAGAGAUCGGCGAGAGAGAAAAGAGAUAGCGCGCUAGCUUGGCAGGGAUGCAAUAAGAGCACAGUGGAAACAGACGAAUAGAUACGACCAUAUAGCCUAGGCUACUGUUUAGUCUACAUCCUCAAUACUUGUCACCUCUUCUUCUUUACACUGGCAUGGAACGUUCCUGUGAAGGUUCACUCUGGGCUCCCUCCGUCUGGAACCCCAGGACACAGGCACUGGAGACCGGCCACACAACACAGUGAUGCUGACCAGCUGCCCGGCCUUGGAUCCCUUCACUGGUCGAGACGCCUGAGGACAGGCCCUGCCGGACGCCGCAGAGUGGUGGACUGUCCAUCUCUCAAGCUGUAAUCACAGUGGACAAGGCAUCUGAAACACAAUGGUCCUGCUGUUGGUUUCAUUUUAGCGAGACUGGUUUGGGAAAGCACUGCUGAAAGACCGCCAGUAGGUGAUGCAGCAAGUCCUAUCCUCCAUCUUCCCAUUGGUCCUCUUGGUUGUUAGGGAGACGUUGAGCUCCGGUUGUUAGGGACGCUGAGCGGCGAGUGGGCGUGGUCAUGGCGAAGCCGUUCUACCGGCUGCAGCGCUUCCUGCGGCGGACGCAGCUGCUCCUCCUCUUCCUGGGCGUGGCCUACAUCAUGGCGGGCAGCGUGCUGCUGCUGCAGCGGGCGGCUCUGGUGGUCUCCCAGCGGGGGCUGUCCCUCACCUCCAGCUUCCUGCCCCUGCCCUCUCUGCCAGCCCCGCCGCGGGUGCUGAGUGGCACGCCAGUGGUGCGAGCGGGCCCAGUGGGCGCCAGGCUGCCAGGGAGUCCAGGGCGCUAUCAUGCUAGCCAGUCGGACGACCGCGCUGGCCCACAGUGGCUGCUGUCCAGGAACCAGGAGAUCCGACAGCUGCGGCGCCGGUGGUUCCACAGCCUCAUGUCGGAACAGGACAUGACCAGAGCAGACCCGGUCACAGCCAGGAGGAAGGUUCCACACAAAGGUACAUACAUUGGCUGCUUCCUGGAUGAUGCCAAGGACCGGGCCUUGAAAGGGACCGUUUUUUAUGACUUCCGCAGAAUGACCAGCAGCUUGUGCCAGGACACCUGCUCAGAGAGUGGAUACCAGUUUGCGGGACUGGAGUAUGGCUCGGAGUGUUACUGUGGCAACCGCAUCGCCGGCCCACGCAUGAGGGAGGAGGAGUGCAACCUGGACUGCAAGGGCGAGAAGGGCUCCAUCUGCGGGGGCGUGGCCCGUCUGUCCAUCUACAAGGUGGAGGAACUACUUCCGGGUCAGAGGAGAUACAGGAACGUGCGCUACCGUGGCUGCUUCAGAACUCCGGAGAACAUGACGGCCGCCGGGUUUGUGCGCGCCGUCAAGCGCAACCUCACCUCUCAGGCCUGCAUGGAAGUCUGCAUGGACCAGGAGUAUCCACUGGCUAUCCUCCAGAGGCCGCACUGCUUCUGUGGGUAUGCCACUCCAGUCUUCAGCCUCCAUGAGCCCGUGGGGGAGGAGCUGUGUGCCCUGGCCAACACCACCAUCCCCACGGCCACAGCCAAUCAUCUCCAUUGCCAGGUCUACCAAACGCCCGUGCAGGACUCCAGGUGCACGGAGAGGAAGUUCCUGCCAGAGAAGUCCAGUUUACUAGUUGCAUUGUCCAGCUUCCCUGGUGCGGGCAACACCUGGGUCCGGCACCUGAUUGAGCUGGCCACCGGCUACUACACUGGGAGCUACUAUUUUGACGGCACUCUUUACAACCGAGGUUUCAAGGGCGAGAAGGACUACUGGAAGAGUGGCCGCACCAUCUGUGUGAAGACCCACGAGAGCGGCAAGCGUGACAUCGAGAUGUACGACGCGUCCAUCCUGCUGAUCCGGAACCCGUACCGCUCGCUCAUGGCCGAGUUCAACCGCAAGUGCGCCGGACACCUGGGCUACGCCUCGGACCAGCACUGGAAGAGCAAAGAGUGGCCGGAGUUUGUGGGCAGCUACGCGUCGUGGUGGGCGUCCCACGUGCUGGACUGGCUGCGCUACGGGCGGCAGGUGCUGGUGGUGCACUACGAGGAGCUGCAGGACGCGCUGGUGCCCCAGCUGCGCGCCCUCGCCCACUUCCUCAACGCCAGCGUCACCGAGGAGCGGCUGCUGUGCGCCGAGAGCAACAAGGACGGCCACUUCAAGCGCUCGGGCGCCCGCCGGCCCACCUUCGACCCCUUCACGCCCGACAUGCGGCAGCUCAUCGACGGCUACAUCGGCGCCGUGGACCAGGCGCUCAGGGAGAGCAACCAGACGGGCCUGCCGCGGGACUACCUGCCCAGGUGAUCACGGGAAGCUUCUAGAAGUCUGAUCAGCGUCCCGCAGAGGACAAAACUGGCCUUUCCUGAAACCUUUCUUCUUCACCAUGACGACCAAGAGGAGACCGACUCCCUCUGUCCGCAUCAGAGGACCAGCGUGCGGCUUCACUCAUUGCAUAUUGUGGCCACGCCCUCCUGUAACGCCGCCUUUGGAGGCUUUUCCCAUCACUGCCGCUUUAGUUGAUUUUGUGUGCCACUUGUUGUUGGACGAGGGCAUGGGGCAGGGCUGGCUCUCUGGAGUAGGGCCACGUGGCAGUGCCCGCCACUUAGGAUGGUGCUGCAAGAUUUACGCAAGAUUAAACUGAGCAAACUGACUUUGAUGGAAUCACAGAUAGUGUCUUUUUUGCCAUUGUUUGAGAUGGAGCAGAAAAUUCAUUUGAAAGCCCUCUUCCCAAUCUCCUCAACUGUAAAAUCGGAGGCUUCAUCUUUUUUUUUUAUAGUUCUUACAUAAACCAACACAGUACAAUGAAAAGGCUGCCACGACUUGCUGUAUUAGUGCUGCGUGGUUGUCACUGACUCCGAUGCGCAGGCAUCACACCACCGGGAGAGCGGCGGCUCGUUACGACCUUACAGGGCUGCAGAGACGACGAGGAGACGCCCUCACGCUCACCGACUCGGCCCUGGGCGCGGGAGGAGGCUGCAGGAGCCUCGGCUGGACACUGCAGCAGCGCUCUCCCACCGUGCUGGUGACGCCCUGA